GCAAACCCGCCCCCCCCCCCCCCCCCCCACUCAAGCGCAGCAAGGAGCGUCGAAUCCUGGAAUCUGUCGCUGCAGAACUGUGACCACUGCAGACUGGUCACCUGCAGCCUGUUGUGUUCAUCUUCACAGGGAGAAUACAAACACAGGAGAUGAUUAGAUAAAGUCACACUGGCCAACCAUCUACUGAACACUGAAUGUAUCUGCAGCUCAAGCAGAUUAGGAUUUCAACAACCAAAACACGUCAAUUAUUUUCCGUAAGAGCCAAAGCUGCACCGACGGUACAUUUCAGGAUUAAUCGAGACCACAAGGCGACGAAGAAAACUUCACCCCAGAGUUGGAACAGCCUUUCUAAAGAAAACACAGAAAGAAAUCGACUUUCCUGUUUCCACAAAGUCUAUCUGUCUUCGAUAUAUGAGAAACAAACAGGAGGCAGCUCUAAUUAAAAAUCGUUCAAAACACUAGAAUACAAAACAGGCUCUGGAAUGACCUUUCCAGAGUGAAACCUUAUCCUUCAUAUCCACCUUUGCAGCAGGAAACUUCCAUGUACACAGUUCCCCUUCAUGUCACCUUAGACUUAUGAUUGCUGAGAUAAAGGGCAGAUCCCUUCCUCUGAAAGAAAAGUAGCCUGCUGUCUGCAGGCAGGGACGCAAAAAGAAAACAUUAUUUGGUGCCCCGAAAUAGAAAAGAAGGAAGAGCAACAUCUGGAAAAGAAAAGCGGAGCAUUAAGGAGAUGCAAACAGAGAAAACUGCACAGUUUCCCAGUGUUCUUUGCCAGAUUUCCAAAAGAGCAUAACAAACUUGAGUAAUUUCCGUGGCUUUUUUUCCAUGGGAACUCAUCCAAGGCUUGUUGCAGCUGACCCUCCAGGGAGGUCCAGUUAGAACGGGAAUAAUACCUCAAGAGGAACAAAGCAAGAGCACACUUCUUCUGUCACAUUUCAAAUGAGAACAUUUGGAAGGAUUACAGCUGAAAGGGGAAUGACGUCCGGAGGCAACAACCUGGACCUUUGAGCUGUCUCCUUUCCUUGUCUUUCCUGUGAGUUUUCCUGAGAUGCCUUUUUCCCUCAGUGAGGAGUAAAAAAAGGAAAGGCACAUCCUAUUGUCGUUCGCAAUGGAGAAGGGACAUGUACCCAUCAAGAGAGGGGUAAGCUGGAGUCCAGGGGGUUUGAGAAAGCCUCUUCAGUUGAAGGACAACUCUCACAUUCAUGAGCAAGACUACGAUGCAUCCUGGGAGAAGACAGGAUUGAACAAGGACCACACGAUCAGGAAAACAAAUCUUUCCAGGAGUGCCAGCCUAUCUGAGAAGGAGUUGAGGGAGGCUCGCGUCAGGAGCCACAUCAUUGCAGCCCAGCUCACCAUCCCUUCCAACUCGGGCUCCUGCUCCAGGGGGGUGCAGCUUUUCAACAGGCGCAAGCAAAGGGUGAACGCCUUUACGCUUGAAAGCUCUGGACGGGGCUCCGAGCAAGAAAACGAUGGAAGAAGCAGACCCUCAUCCAACAAAAUAACAUGGGCAGAGAAGAGCUCUGAGGACAAAGAAGGGCAAAACUACAAGAAUUUUAAACCGCUCUCAUCGCCGACAAUAAGUGAACACUCUGUAGGGGAUAUCAUGGAUGGUCAGGCAAAAGAUUUUGACAAAGAAGACAUGGGUACCAGUGUUAUCCAGGAGAGACAUUUUCUUCCUGUCAAGGAGGUGCAGGAGGAAGAGGAGGAAGCAAGAGAUGAGAUUGCAGAAGAAUUAGAGAACAAUGUGAAGCAGAAGAUGUCUCCAGUGCUUGUUGGAAAUGCUGAAAAUGAAGCAGGGACAAAUCAGAGCCACUCAGGGCUUGUUGCACCUGGAAAGCUACCAAAUGGUUGUUAUAGCACCUCUGGACCCGAGAUGAGGCCCUCAGCCUCACCCAAGCACACAACCUCCAUUAUUAAUAGGACUGCCAGACCUUUUUUCUCACCAACUCCAGUGGAAUCUCAUGAGUUAAAAAGCCCCAUCAUGGACAUCCCUUGUCCUCCAUCUUAUUCCACUCCUCCUCUCCCUGCUCCUAUUGCCCCUCAGUCUGAGUACUCCCCUCUGCCUCCAGCUCCGACAUAUCCCACGCCUCCUCUGCCAAUGUUUGCCAAACAAUCUCAGCCAUCGUUUUACUCAAGUCCACCUCCAUUGUCUCCUACCAUGUCUUGUUCCUCACUUGUGCCCUCCCAAUUGCCUGCUUCUCAGUGCUCACCUGUGUCCCAUUGUGCCCCCCCUACAGCCCCAAAGCCCUCCACAUUUGUUCCAGUUUCAGCUGGAGAGAGAGAGCAAAUCACAUCAAUAAAAACAGGAAUACUGGAAGAUGUUGCUGCCAGGAGAGCAACUAAGAAGACAAUGUUCACAUUCAAAGAGAAGCCGGUGGUAGCUCCAAACCCAGAGCUCCUCUCUCUGGUGCAGGGGGUGGAUGAAAGGAAGAAGCAUGGAAACAGAUCUGUGCCUGAGCCAGCUUCUGAAGAGGAGUUAUUGGCUCUGGGUGCAGAAGCCUCAAACUUCCUUUCCAAAGAAGAAGAUAAAGCAAAAGGAGCAAAAGCUCCAGAGUGGGCCUCAUGUCUAAAGAGCUCAAGGACCCGACCGAGGAUGGAGCACCAGCCUGAGCAGACCCUUACCAAUGUAUCAGGGAAAGGGGCAGAGCUGUUUGCAAAGCGUCAGUCCAGGAUGGAGAAAUACAUUAUCGAGAAUCAGAAAACAGGACAAAUGAGAUCUCCGUCUCCAACGAUGUCCCUUCCACCAUCUUGGGUUUAUCCAUCAAACAUGCCUGGAAGGGUAAAAGCCAUUGCCAAAAACUCUGAUAUGAGUGUUCAGCUUUCACAGAAUCUGAAGGUGCAACAAGGAGUCAGACAAAACCCCAAACCGAAGGUGGUUGCACCACAACCAGUCCCAGAGCCACCUCCUUUGGAAAAUGGUUGCUCCAAGAUUGAAAUGGACCUCUCAAGGCACCGGCCCUACCAGCUGAACUCUUCCCUGUUCAUUUUUAAUCCUGUAAAAGAUCCAGUUAGUACUCUACCUAGAGGAGCUCCACGGGCCAACAGUCUGGUCACAAGUCAUGGUCUCUCCAGACAAACCUCUCUGCCAAGUCCUUCACCCUCUCACUUCACUAUCCCAGUGAAAUCAACUCAGCUGCCUUUUAGCCCCCAAAAGAUGUCAGAGCAUCCAUCAAAUCCACAUUUGGGAGCUCAAAGGAUCCGUUCUCCUAUGUCCCCCAUUUCCCCAGAGAAAGCAUCCUCUCCACAGUCAGCUGUGCAAGCACCAAGGCCAACAUUUUCUGCCAGUAAGGCAGGAAUUACACCACAGGUCUCAGUAGACUCCUCAUCUGGAGAAAUGACCAGUGAAACAUCCACAUUUACAAGCAUCUCCACCCUCCCCAGACGUUUUAGCAGCCCAGCCACUGGAAUCUGGUCCUCCAGUCCUCAAACAAACAAGUCUUCCACCACUGGCAGUGGCUCCAUUCGCCCACUUACUUCCCCUGUGACUUUUCCCAAUAAAACAGGAUUCCAGCCAAAUACAAACCAUCAGGAUAUUCAGUUUACCAUUUCGACAUCCAAAGCCUCAUCCACACCCACCUCUCCACAUUCCCCUUGGAGUUCGAGAUGCCAGUCUCCAAUGGUCAGCCCUCUUGUUAAGGGUCAUUCUCCUGUUUCUCCUCCUUGGAGUACAAGAUGCCAAUCGCCAAUGGUCAGCCAGAAUAACAAGCCAUCUGCCGUUGUCUCUUGUUCCAUAUCUAGACCUUCUUUGGCAGGCCCAGACACUUUUCCAUCUCCUCCUUGGGAAUCAGGAAGCAAAGCCCCACUGCAGAGCCACAACACCCAGUCACCUGCCCUCUCCACUUCCACAUCCAGACCUUCCCGUACAUCUACAAGCCCUCCCUGGGGCUCACGGUCACAGUCUCCAGCCCCUUUUCAUGGAAGUUCAAUCUCACCUCCCACGAAACAUCUCACACACACAUCUUCUGCUGUGGCUCCUUCUCCACAGCCUACAGAAAAUCGUUGCAUGUCACCAGUCAGUAGUAAUCUGGAUUCUAGAGCAAACCAUCGGCUGCUGGCAAAAAACAUCAUUAAUGCGGCAAAACGUAAAAACAGCCCCUCGCCUGGUGCACUAAGUGGUCACAGCCUCCCCAUGUCACCUCUGGGAACCUCCCACUAUGACUGUCACAAACCACCCAUCAGUCCCUUCCAUUCCAGAGCUUUGGGAGCACAGUCUCCAGUUUUCACCAGCCCUCCUCCCACUCCAACUCAAAGGAUCUGCUCACCUGUUCGGUUCUACAACUCUCGCUCCUUGACCGACUCGGAUGCCUCCAUUGAGUCUGAAGAUUCAGGGCUUCGGUCCCCCGGCUUAAACUCCUACAACACCUGUCCCCGUGGUUGGGGAGGUAGUCUGCGGGUCAAGAGAAGCACCAUCUCCACUGACCUAUGAGGGGGCUUUCACAGGAUACAGUUUUUGUAAACACUUGUGACAUUGAAUUAGCCAGUUAAAGAUUGAUCUUAUCAAAUUGCAAAGUCUAUCAUAUACUUUCACCUGAGCUGUAUUCCAUGCUUCUGUAUUAUCAUAGGUUUAGUAUUUCAUACGGCUUAUGCUCCUUUAUGGACUGAAAAAUACGUGUUUCACAGUAAACACUUGAUGUGGCUUGUGCGCUACUCACAGUUCCAAAAAGUGCAGAAAACCUAAUAACCAAAGCAUUUUAAUUCACUUUGAAUAUGUGUUGAAGUUUUUCUUGUUUGAACAAACUAACUUUCAUUCAUUCAAAGAACUCACUAUUAUUAUGGGUCAUUUAGGGAUUAUUGUGUUUGUUGAUCUGAUGCAGGUCAUGACAGGAAGUCUAGGAAUAUGCAUAUAUGGCAACCUUUUCAGUGUGUUUAAAUGAAUCAUUGUAAAAAUAAUAAUAAAAAAGUUAUCACAAAGAUGCAAAGCCACUAAUAUCCUCAAAAAUUGCAAAAGAUUUCACUACAGAUCAACAAUAGUUUUGACUAUUACAAAUUAAAUGAAACACACAUUUAUAAAUGUGCAAUAUUUUCUUUUUUUCCAAAUGUGUACAUUUGUGUUGCUAUGAGUCCUGAUUUUCAUAAAAAUGAAUGUAUUUUUUUCUGGAAAUAGUCAAAGUAUGAACGAACAAGGGAAUGUUGAACUCAAUGGAAAAUAAAGAGGUGAGGUGAGGCAUUGGGGAGCCUGUUAAAUCGAGCACUGUUGCCAUGCUUGAUAGGAAAACCAAACUGUUUUUUGCUCUGACGCUUUUCGCCAGCAAUCAUAUUUCUUUGUAUUAAAAAGGUCUUUGAGGAAGAACAGGUGAAAAUGUCUUGUGCAAAGGACUUAAGUGAGUGAGAGUUGCAGGGCUUGUGUGUUUUUGGCGCGGAUAAAAAUGGACCAAGUUGUUGAAAAGAGGAACAGAGGGUUAGAAGAACGUUGUGCAGUGACUUUGACAAGGUUGGGACUAAAUGACAUAUACUCCAGAUACAUUUAAACUGUAUUUUUAUUUUUCUGUAACUCUAUAAUUAUUGAGGUUUUAUAUUUCUUUCUUUCGUUGACUUGCAUAUGUGAUCACUCCACCUAAGAGGCCAACAUGGCAAACAAAUAAACAACUCUAAAAAAAAGAUCUUAAUGAAGUCUAAAACAAAGAGCACCUCUAAACAACAUAAGAUGCUUUUUUGAAGGUAGCAGUCAAUUGUAAAUGGAAGUGCAGGUCAUUCUGCAGCAGCAAAGCAGAGCUCUCCCCUAUUUCCUAAUGCUCGGGUCAAAAACAUUAUCACACUGCUAAAUAUUUACUCUGAAUCCUUUGACUGACAGGAGCUCCUGCUGCUUGGUGACCUUGCUUUCUCAGCAGGAUUAGGCCUAUCCCUGUCAUGGAUUGAUUUCGACCCAGGUCACCUCUGGACAAACUGCGGAUGUUGUCACACAGAAGGAAAUGUUAACCUGUUUUUCUUUUUUGUGGUUCUGUCAUUUCACUUUCUUAAUACAACUCAUAUACAACCUCAUAUCUGUAUUUUUCUGUCAUUAAUGCAAAAUAAAAAACAUUGAAUCACCAA